AUGGCGAAAAGACAAAAAGAUUUGGGAGACUGGAAGAUUGUCCUAGAGGAACCUGAGAAUGAUUCCAGUAACAGUCCAGCUACUCCAUCGCGAAGAUCACGUCGAAGGGCCGAAUCUACAGAACCCAAUAGUGUCAAGCUACAAAGGGAAGAAGACGAUUUGGUGAUCCAAGCAGGCGAUUGCCUUUUGAUAUCAGAUGUCAGGCCUUCUUAUUACAUUAUUACUAGUAUUCAGCUCGGCCUCAAGUCGUUUGUGGAACUAUGGGGCGCUCGCUUCAUCACAAAAGAUCAAAUAGAUCAAGAGACGCUAGAAGGUGUGGAAGUUGCAGAGAACGAGGUCUUCAUUACUCCGGAAAUAAGCUCCUUGAAGGUCAAUGACGUUGUUCAAAAGAUUCAGGUGCUUGAUUCCACGGCAUUUGCUGAUAUUGUCUUGGACGACUCGAGCAUAUCACUGACGUACCUAUGCAGACGGGCUUGCAAUUCCCAAGGAGACAAUGUUUCAAAAGAGUUCAAUUUCAGUGAGUUGAGAAGUCUUGUGGUCAAAGACCACGCAAGUGCCAUUCGAUAUAUCUCUGAAAACACCCUGGUUAUCAUAUCCCCAAAGAAGAGGAAGCUGAAAACCUCCUCACUUACAGAAAGACUUAUGAACUCAGAUUCACCUAGGCGUCGGACGUAUACCGAAUCCCCAUCUGAGGACUCUGAUUCAGACGAUUUUGUGAAACAGGAGAGCGAAGAUGAGGAGUCUGAAGAUCUGGAUCUGGAUCUGGAGCCUGAGGUAGCCGAGCCUUCAGAACCAAAACCCACCAAAAAGCGCAAAGCCUCGACCCCUAAAAAAGAAGCAUCCGAGUCUCCAAGAAAGCGGGCCACGGCAGCUCGCGGAAACGAGAGAUCUAAUCUACAAAACGUUCUAUCUCCUCUUAAGAAAGGUUUUAAGGUGAAGACUGGUACCUCUGUGGGAAGCUUGCCUUCCCUCAACAGAAAAAGCACCAAACAGUCACAAAAUGUCGUUGACACGUCGUCAGAGGCUUUCAAAGAGCUCAAAAAGAAGCUCCACACGUCAACCACCAUUACUUCUUUACCACGAAGAGAAGACGAAUGGGUAGCGGUAUACACAAAUCUUGAAGAUGCGAUCCAGACUCAAACAGGAAGCUGUGUCUACGUGAGUGGAACACCGGGUGUUGGAAAGACUGCUACCAUAAAGGAAGUUAUCCGAUCCCUUCAAUCUUCGGUCGCUGAUGGGUUGUUGAAUGAAUUCGAUUUUUUGGACAUCAACUGCCUCAAACUUCUAUCACCUGAAUCUGCUUACGAAAAGCUUUGGGAAUUUGUGAGUGGCAUUAAGGUGACACCCGCCAAUGCUGCGUUACUUUUGGAUGAUUAUUUUGGUAAAGAUGAUACCGAAGAACCACGAAGGCCGUUGGUCGUGCUUCUCGAUGAACUCGAUCAAAUCGUGACGAAAACACAAUCUGUGAUGUACAAUUUCUUUAAUUGGCCUACCUAUGCCAAUUCUAAGCUUAUCAUUAUUGCUGUUGCAAACACGAUGGAUCUCCCUGAAAGAGUGCUUACAAAUAAGAUUUCCUCCAGAUUGGGUCUUAGAAGAAUUCAGUUUGUGGGCUACACCUUCGAUGAUUUGGGUGAGAUCAUUGCCAACAGACUCACUAUGCUUAGUGAGGAGCAUAAAAGAAAGGUCCAAGUGAGCAAAGACGCCGUGGGUUUUGCAUCCAGAAAAGUUGCAAGUGUCAGUGGUGAUGCCCGUAGGGCAUUGACAAUCUGUCGAAGAGCUGUCGAGAUAGCUGAGCAAGAAUUCUUGGAAACAGAAACGGAUUUGGAAAAACCUGAGUCUGAGCAAACCUUCACCAUUCAGAUUGGCCACAUUUCAAAAGCUAUCAAUGAGACUAUCAACUCCCCAAUUGCACAACUACUCAAUCUGCUUUCAUUCGAGUCAAAGCUCGUGCUUGUGGGUAUACUUCUCCGGAUGAGGAGAUCAGGUCUAGCUGAGAAUUCACUAGGUGAUGUCAUGGACGAAAUGAAGAAUUCUCUCGAUCUUCUCACCUCAAAAGACAGCUCGAAUCCUUUCAAAAAAAUCGAAUCACACGAUUCUUUUGCAGACUUUUGCUACGGAAAUCCAAGAAAUAUUCGUGUCUACGAAAUGGCUCGCCUCGUGAAUCAGAUGGAGGAGCUCGGAAUCAUCGCACAACAAAAUCUCAGAAGCGAGCGCUAUAGAUUGAUUCAGCUCAACAUUUCGGAAGACGAGGUUUUGGCAGCCCUUAGGAGAGACCAGGCAAUAUUGCCUAUGCUUUAA